CCUCUUAUUUUAGAUCAAUCUCUACCAUUCACUACCCAGAAUACUAAAAGGAAUUGAAUCAAACUUUAUUUUAUUAUACUUUUCUUUUCUUUUCAAUCUCUACGACUACAAUCUGCGUUUUUCGUUUCAGCACCAUCAAUCAUUAAAGUAGAGGGGAGAUAACGAAGAGCAAGAAAGAUGUCGUACCUGUUGCCUCACUUGCAUUCAGGGUGGGCUGUGGAUCAGGCUAUCCUAGCUGAGGAAGAGCGUCUUGUUGUCAUCCGUUUUGGUCAUGAUUGGGAUGAGACCUGCAUGCAGAUGGAUGAGGUGCUGUCAUCGGUUGCAGAGACAAUAAAGAACUUUGCUGUGAUAUACCUUGUGGACAUCACAGAGGUGCCUGAUUUCAACACUAUGUAUGAGCUGUACGACCCUUCGACAGUCAUGUUCUUCUUUAGGAACAAGCACAUCAUGAUAGAUCUUGGAACUGGAAACAACAACAAAAUCAAUUGGGCUAUGAAGGACAAACAGGAGUUCAUUGACAUCAUUGAAACUGUCUACAGAGGUGCAAGGAAGGGACGUGGUCUCGUCAUUGCUCCCAAAGAUUACUCAACCAAGUAUCGUUACUAGAAUAUAUAUCGAUCUCUAUUAGGAUGUGUAAUUUGAACUCUGUAUUUUCAUUCUCAUCCAAAACCUACCUCAUUUGGUUCACUCUUGAUCAAGUGUGAAACUGUCACUCAAAUAUUAUCAACCAACGUUGUCUGUCAUCUUAAUAUAGACUUGGCUUCUCUGAAAGAGAAUUUACAUUUUAUGCUAUCAGAAUCCAUUAUCUGGAUCGUUUAAAAUGAAUAAAAAAUGGCCAUUCCAUCUAAA